AAGACGACCUUCACAAGCUUAAAGUGAAAAAUAUGAACUUGAAAGGAAAUGUAAAAGCUGUGGAUAUUCGUGACCUUGGAACAGCAACUGAAAGAACUGAACUUGGGCUGAGAAAACAUGCUGAAAACCAUUUAAAUGCUAUGGACAGACAAGUGUUAACUAUUUCUUCUGCUGAUAAUAAAGAAGUACCUUCAAGAGAGUCCCCUAAAUGGGGGCUUCAUUUUGGUGCUUCUCAGAAACAGCUUAUUUUACCACGAGUACCUGUUGAGCCCGUGACUGUCCAGGCAUACAGCAAGUCAGCACUACGCGUUUCUCAAGGUUCACAGCAGCAGCUGGAAAUGGACAUGAAAAUAAUGCUCGACCCAGAGAACACCAGUUAUAAAGCUGUCUUAAAACAGAACUAUGAGACCAGGCUGCCACUUAUAACAAGGAAAAAAUCUGCUCCUAUGCGUGGUCAGAAGAUAAUGAAAGGUCAUACAGUUAGCAGCCUUUGGGGUUUGCCUGCCUCUCACCACGUGGAUUCUCCCUUACCCCUGUUGGAAGAAGAUGUAACAAAAGGUGUUCUGAGCCUAACUGAACAAAGGCUUAUCCCUCCAGCAGUAAAGAUAACUCUCCAGAUACCUCCUGUUGUAUCCAAAGCAGCGCCUUUCCAUGAAUUUCACAGACAGCACAAGAAGUCAACUGUAGGAGAGAUUAGUAGUAGGGUGGACCCUGAGAGUGCAAACACCAGCACCUUCCCAAACUCAAAGGAAGCAAUUUAUGGCAUAAAUUCCUCUAGUAAAGGUAACAUUGCACCACUUCCAACCAGCAGCUCCGUGGUUUCAGCAAGGAAAUCAAAGUCGGCGUGGAGGUAUCCAGCUCAACAGUUGGAAUCUGAGCUGCAGAUUACCUUUCAGACACAGCCCCUGCAAAUGUCUCCAUGUCAGUCCUUACAGGAUCCGUGCUUUGAUUGCGACAUUGCUGCUUACCAUGGCACAAUAGACCAGAAAGCUCCAGGCUUUCUGGCAUUCAAGCAGCGUUAUUGUUUAUCCUGGGAGAGCAUUGUCCUUUUUUUGGAACGUACAGAAAAGCUUCUCAAGGACUAUGCUGUACCGUUGGCUACAAUAAGCUGUAAAAAGUUGGCAGAAGUUGCAUCAGACUUUGAGCUUAACAACAAUCCCACCAAAAGUGAUGUUCUGUCAGUGAUAAAGAAUCAGUCAACUGUGGAAAAGAUCUUAAAUCGACCUGGCCAAAGAUACAAAGGCCAAGGGGGUACCGAAAUGGCUGCUACAAAGAUCCAAGCAACAUGGCGAUGUUACCGGGCCAGAAAAGCCUAUGUCCACCUCAGGCAGCAGCAGUGGGCAUCAGGUGUGAUCGCUGUUUCUUGGCUCUUGCAUAAUCACAUGGCACGUGUGAAAAAGACCCUGAAGGAAUCACGUCAGAGACACCUGGAGAAUUUUUACAUCAGGGCCAAGCAUCUGGCAGCCAACUGGAAUCGCAUCAGGACCUCCAGGAGGACUAUUAUCCAUAUCCCAUCAUUAGGAUAUUCCCAAUGCAUCCGUGAGCAUGUUCCUGAUCUUGCUCUCCAACAGAAUAUGCAGAUGGGAAGGCUGUGUGACAUACUGGAUGCCAACGUGGACGUCAUCUACAUCUGCCCCCUUCAUCUGAGCGCGGAGUUACUGCAGUAUUACAAUAAACUCCUGGGUCUGCAGGCAGCUGUUAGAUCUGGGAACCCUGAGGACAUGGGUGACCUGCAGGACAGGUUCAAAAUUCUCACCCCUGAAGCUAUAAACAGCUUCCCUAAGCAUCACAUGUGCCUAGCCACUCAGCUGAAGUACAGUCCCAAGACAAUCAAAAGAAUAAAAAUUCUCAUCCAGAGCAGAGAUGCCUACAUUGUUGGAGGGGUUCCCCACAAAGAUGAUUUAGCGGUGGCUGACAUGUUAAAUGUGCCUAUAUUAGGCUCGGCGCCAGAAGUGGCUCAUGUCUAUAGUACCAAGUCUGGAAGUAAACGAAUUUUUGCCAGUGCUUGCGUGCCAACCCCUCCUGGAGAAUCCGACAUCUACAACGAUGAGCAGAUGAUCAGUGCUCUCAGCCAGCUCAUCAUGGACAAUAUGGAAGUGCGGCGUUGGUUGUUUAAAGUGAAUGAUGAAUCUGGAGGAAAUGGCACUGCCUAUUGUGAUAUUAUUUCGCAUUUGAAAUGCUACCACUGGCUUCAAAAGGAACGUCAGAGACACAGCCCUGAGAUAUGGAGUAAGAAGUGGGCACGAGAGCCAGCUUUGGUGAAGAUCUCCCAGGAGCUGCCGGGCCUUUUAGCACAGCACGUACAGCCAGUCAAUGAGAAACGAUUCCCUACAUGGGAAAAAUUCCUCCAAACAUUUCUUAGUCAAGGUGGUGUGAUAGAAGCCUUCCCGCUCUCGGAAAAUGUCACAAACCUUACGGUGGAUAUGCUGAUAGAGCCAACAGGCGAGAUAAAAAUAGUGUCGUCUGGAGACCAGCUCCAUGCUGACGGUCCUCUGCGAUCAUCUGGCGCUACCAUUCCACAAUGUUCGGUUGAUCCAGCGAUUCUUAAUUCACUCUGCUUAAAAAUUGGAGAAACCUGUAAAUCGAAAGGAGUGCUUGGUUACUUCUCAGUUGAUUUUGUGACUUUCAUCCAUCCACGGACGAUGGAGCAGCAGGUGUGGGCAACAGACCUUGACCUUUGCUAUAGUGACCAGCUGGCCUUGACUCAGCUCAUGGUGUAUGUGACAGAUGGAAAUCUGGAUUGCCGCUCCAGCUGCUUUGAAGUAUCUCUUGGUUCAAACAAAAUGAAAAGCCAACGUAUUCAGCACGAGGAGCCCAAAACUCUGCCUCCAAUAAGCAACCGGUGCGCAGUAGCAAGCAGUCAGCUGAGGCACUCCAGCCUUUCAGUAAUCUACUAUAACGUUCUCCUCCAGACGUGUAAGGCUCGUGGUGUUGGAUUUGACCUCCAGGAAAAACAAGGAACAAUUUUUAUCUUGUAUGACGAUCAGAAGCGACACAGAUUGGGAAUGAUAACAAUCGGAGAGGAUCUCCAGGGGGUCCUCAUGACCUUUGCUCGCAAUCUCUUCAUCAUCCAUCAAGAAAUAUCAGCACCUAAUAUGCAAGGCGAGACCAAUUUUAAGAUGGCAAUUCAAGAUAUUGAAGCAAUUCUAGGAAUUACAGCAGAAAACAAACUGGAAUUGGAAGGAGAGCAACCUUCGAAAGCAGAUGCUCUGAAAGAAUAGUUAACGGAAAAUGUUUAAGUGCCUUAUUCUUUAUGCUUCUGGAAACGCUUUCUCAUCUGUAAGAACAGGUUUGGUUUUCCUUCUGCAUCGGCAUGUGAAGUACUAUUAACUGAGACAGUACAUUUCCACGAUUCCUGAGUGCGGUGUUUAGAAUUACCCCUUUUUUCACAAAAGUAAACUGUUGAAAAGCGGAGGAUGGUAACAAAUGCCCCUGAUGUUCACAUUGUCGUUCCUGAAGUACACUGUUUUUAGAAUCUUAUUCAUAGAACCGUUGCCUCUAAGGCAGCAGAAUCUACUGCGACCUGCGGAGCACAGAGCUUAGACUUUUACCAAGUGAUUCCUCCGUCAAGCCUACAACUUAGAGCUGUCCCUACGACAUCGUCAUAAAGAGAGGUUCAUAACCAUAAACAAUCCACUGCAUCCCUAGCAAAUUCUCCCACGGGCUAAUUAUCCUUACUGUUAAAGCCAGUGCCUUAAGCACAGUCUGCAUUCGUUUGCCUUCAACUUCCAGGGAUUGGAUCUCGUUAGGUCUUUGCCUCAGAAACCAAAGAACUGUUUACCCUAAAAGGGCCCCUCUCUGUGGGAUGAACCCUUCUGGUCCUUAAGUCAAAACUCCCAAGUCAGACUCAGUUUGCUGACAUCCCUGCAGAAGUGGCGUACCCAAACCUCUUAAGGCGUUCCAGUGAAUCCUCCUUGUGACGCUAUGCAAUGAAAAUGCCACUUUCUUCCGUGGUCUGUGCCCCUGGGUAUGUGCAGAGGGAUCGCGCUGUCUUUGUCACUAGAUCAUACUCUGUUGAAGAGAGUCCUGGGACCCUAAAUUCCCUUUCAAACCUGUUGUCCUCUAAAACACAGGCUUCCAACAGGAAAGCAGGUCCAGUGCGCUGCCUAUAAAUACACUUAAAUGCCACCUCAUCAAUAAGCCCAGCAACCCAGAUUCCUCUUCAGAACUGACUGUCCAUAUUGUUAUCAUUCUGCUCUUUUGUUAUCUAUGGAUUUUUGCAGCAGUUGUUUUACGUUCACUUUCAAAUUAUCACAAAUAAUAGUAAGAGCACUAGUUCAACAAUAGAUUCUAAGAGGACCGUUAGAAUUGUACUCUGAUUCCCAGCACGCUGUGACUUUUGCGGAUCUAUCCGGCCAUCAGAUAGAUUCUGUACUUCAGAUAUUGCUGACUUUUUUUGUCACAAUUGCUGGGCGCUGUUAUGUUAAAGGCCAACAGUUACAUUUGUAAAAUUCUCUUUAUCCAUCAAAUCUCUAACAUCCCAACAGACGACACAUUCUAAAUUUUACUACAGAAGCGUGCAUCUUCUCCAUUGCACAGAUACUGUUGUCCCAAGCGUGGCAAGUAUCUUCGAGAUUACUUCCCAAAAAGCUCAGGCAAAAACCAGUUUUUAAGAUGAAUAAUGAACGUGACCAAGCAGUCGCAGCAGAUCAGUGUUUUUUCUGAUGCCAGAGUCUUUGAUCCAUGAGCUUCUAUACAUUAUCUUUGCGUUAGCCUUUUUCUCUUCUAUUUUGGUCGCAGAAGUAAUUCACUGCAGAUGAGGAUGUUUGC